AUGAAACAUAACGUGACAAUCUAUCAAAAAUAUCUUGAGCCAGGGCAUACGUACAUGGAAUGCGAUUCAGUACACGCUAAUAUUGAACGAAAACUGAAAAAUCGUGAAAUUCAUUUGCCAAGUGACUACUUAUCAGUCACUAGGGAAGCACGGCAGAAUCCCAGGCCCUAUGAAGCUAUCGAUUUGGAUUUUUCAUUUUUCUUAAAUUUUGCUUCCAACGAACAUCUUAGAUACUCUUCCAUACGCCCUGGAAGACUGAAAGACGACCCUACUGUGACGGAUAUAAAAGCCCUCAAGUACGAAAAUGGCAAAAUUGAAGUCAAAAUCAAUUAUGAUACUGAAUGGCAAGAGUUACCUGCUAGACCAAAAGAAAUCCCCAUAAUAGAGAAAUAUCCACGGAUGCUUAAUCAGCGAUGCAAGAUACCGGAUAAUAAGUGGAAACACCUUCAAGAACUUAAAACAGUCCAUGUCCAUCAUUUUUAUGAUAACCUGCCUCAUUGA